AUCUGAAGCAUCCGAUGUGGGCUGGAAACUAAACGCAAAUGCUUCAGCAAGGAACCCAGGAAGGAGAGAAGUACAAGAUGUCUCAGGCCAAGGGCCAAAGGAAAGAAUCAAAAUGCAUGCUUCUUUUGUCGGCGAAGAGAAGCGCGUUGGGACCCGUACUGUCCUUGUCGGCUAUCGCCAUGUUUCCGAAAUGGAGGCUUAUGUCCCGCAGAAGUUCUGCUCAAACCAGAUCGUCUCAUCCAAGUACACAGUUUGGAAUUUCCUCCCAAAGAAUCUCUUUGAACAGUUUCGAAGAAUUGCCAACUUUUACUUCCUUAUCAUCUUCCUUGUACAGGUCAUAGUGGACACACCAACCAGCCCUGUAACAAGUGGUCUUCCUCUUUUCUUUGUUAUUACUGUUACAGCUAUUAAGCAGGGUUAUGAGGACUGGUUACGGCACAGAGCUGACAAAGAAGUGAACAAAAGCAAUGUUUUUGUAAUUGAAGAUGCAAAGCGUGUGAGGAAAGAGUGCGAAGGGAUCAAGGUUGGUGACAUAGUGGAAGUGUCAGCGAAUGAAACCUUUCCCUGUGAUCUGAUAUUCCUCGCAUCAAGUACCAAGGAUGGGUCUUGUUAUGUCACUACAGCUAGUCUCGAUGGGGAAUCAAAUGUCAAGACCCAUUACACUGUGCAGGAUACUGCCAACCUCUGUUCAUGCCGAGCCUUAGAUAGCCUUACUGCCACCAUUGAAUGUGAACAGCCACAACCAGACCUCUACAGGUUUGUGGGCAGAAUUAACAUCUACAAGGGCGACCAAGAGCCAAUAGCCAGGGCCCUGGGUCCUGAGAACCUCUUGCUAAAGGGAGCAACAUUAAAAAAUACCCCUAAGAUCUAUGGAGUUGCAGUGUAUACUGGAAUGGAGACCAAAAUGGCUUUGAACUACCAAGGAAAAUCUCAGAAACGCUCUGCCGUUGAAAAAUCAAUCAAUGUUUUCUUAAUUGUCUACUUAUGCAUUCUUGUGAGCAAGGCUGUUGUGUGCACCACUCUGAAGUAUGUCUGGCAAAGCGUUCCAUACAACGAUGAGCCCUGGUACAACCAAAAAACCCAGAAGGACAGAGAAACUUUCAAGCUCUUAAAGAUGUUCACCGAUUUCCUGUCCUUCAUGGUCCUGUUCAAUUUCAUCAUCCCUGUUUCCAUGUAUGUGACAGUCGAGAUGCAGAAAUUCCUGGGCUCCUUCUUCAUUUCAUGGGACAAAGAUAUGUACGACAAAGCCAGCCAGGAAGGGGCCUUAGUGAAUACCUCCGACCUCAACGAAGAGCUUGGGCAGGUUGAAUAUGUGUUCUCUGAUAAAACAGGGACUUUAACAGAAAACACCAUGGAGUUCAUUGAAUGCAGCAUAGAUGGCUUCAAGUACAGCAGUUCCCUCUCAGAGGUUGAUGGCGGAAAGGCCUCAGUAAAAGCAGCAAGGAGCCAAGAAGAACUGUUCAUGCGCGCUUUGUGCCUCUGCCACACUGUUCAGGUCCAGGAAAAUGAUGAAGUCGAUGCACAGAAAUCAGACUCAGGCAUCUCGAGCAAAUACGUUGCUGCUUCUCCAGAUGAAGUAGCUUUACUUCAGGGGGCUCAAAAGUAUGGUUUCACUUUUCUAGGACAAGAAAAUAACUUCAUGAAAGUAAAGACUCCGUACAAGGAAAUCGAAAGAUAUGAGCUGCUAAAUGUUCUGGAUUUUGACUGUGUCCGGCGUCGAAUGAGUGUUCUUGUGAAGGCGAAUGACGGAAAGCUGUAUCUCUUCUGCAAAGGAGCAGAUUCAGCCAUUUUCCCAAGGGUCCCUGAAGCUGAAGCACAGAAGACCAGAACACAUGUGGAGCGAAAUGCAAUGGAUGGGUAUCGGACUCUCUGUGUGGCCUUCAAAGAAAUCUCUCAGGCACAAUAUGUGGUAAUCAGUGGCCAGAUUAAGGAGGCGACAAUGGCGCUGCAAGACCGGGAAGCCAAGAUGGCCAAGGUUUUUGACGAGAUUGAGACGGACAUGCAUUUGAUUGGGUCCACGGCUGUCGAAGACAAGCUCCAGGACCUUGCAGCCGAAACCAUUGAGGCCCUGCACACAGCCGGCAUGAAGAUCUGGGUGCUGACAGGGGACAAGCUGGAGACGGCCCAGGCCACAUGCUAUGCCUGCAGGCUCUUCCAAACCAACACAGAAUUGCUGCAGCUGACAACCAAAACAGUGGGAGAGGAAGGCCGAAAGGAGGAUCGCUUGCAUGAGCUUCUGGUGGAUUAUCACAAGAAGCUAGUGGUGGACAUGCCUCAUGGCAAGAGAACCUGGCUGCUCAGUCAUGAGUACGGGCUGGUCAUUGACGGGGCCACCCUAUCCCUCAUCCUGAACCCUUCCCAAGACUCACGCUCCAGUCACUACAAGACCAUCUUCCUCCAGAUCUGCUUGAAGUGCACUGCAGUCCUGUGUUGUCGGAUGGCUCCUCUCCAAAAAGCCCAGAUUGUUCGAAUGGUUAAGAAUUCAAAGGGCAGUCCCAUAACGCUCGCCGUAGGGGAUGGAGCCAACGACGUCAGCAUGAUUUUGGAAGCUCAUGUGGGCAUAGGUAUAAAAGGUAAAGAGGGUCGCCAGGCAGCCCGAAACAGUGACUACGCCAUCCCAAAGUUUAAAGACUUGAAAAGAUUGCUUUUGGCACAUGGGCAUUUAUACUAUGUGAGAAUAGCACACCUUGUACAGUAUUUCUUCUACAAGAAUCUUUGCUUCAUUUUCCCCCAAUUUUUGUACCAGUUCUUCUGUGGCUUUUCACAACAGCCUCUCUAUGAUGCCGCUUACCUUACCAUGUUCAACAUCUGUUUCACCUCUCUGCCGAUCGUGGCCUACAGUCUCCUGGAGCAACACGUCCACAUUGACACCUUGAUGGCCUUCCCAAAGUUAUAUCUGAAUGUUUCUGACAAUGCCAUGUUGCAGUUGAAGCCUUUCAUAUACUGGACCUUCCUAGGCCUUUUUGACGGCUGCGUGUUUUUCUUUGGAACUUAUUUUCUUUUCCAAGAUGUUUCUAUGGAGAAUAAUGGGAAGAUGGCAGGAAACUGGACGUUUGGGACGAUGGUUUUUACUGUCUUGGUCUUCACCGUCACUCUAAAGCUGGCGUUAGAUACUCGGUACUGGACAUGGCUAAACCACUUUGUCAUUUGGGGUUCCUUGAUCUUCUAUGUGUUUUUCUCCUUCUUCUGGGGAGGAAUUAUUUGGCCUUUUUUGAAGCAACAAAGAAUGUAUCACGUCUUUGCCCAGCUGCUGUCGUCUGCCUCUUCCUGGCUGGGGAUCUUUUGCCUCAUCUUCCUCUCCCUUCUCCCCGAGAUCCUUGCCCUCAUUUUUAGAAACAUGAAAAGAAAAAUCCACCAGGCCUUGGAGUCGGCACAGAAAAGGGAUUUGAUAAGUUUUAAAUGAAGGAAUACUACUGGGUGUAUUUCUUUGCUUUUAAGUGGAAGUUGAACAAUACAGGUGUGUAUAUUGUACUGUUUAUACCUUUGUGUGUUCUUUCAGUAAAUUCUGUACAUAACUGAACCUGUUGAAGAGUUGUCUUUGCUAUAGUUAAGUAUAACAUAUCGCAUAGAUAGAGAACGGAGAAGCUUUUGAUGGACAUCUUGUAAUCAAUGGAAUAAUAAUAUGAAGUAGUAUUGCUAGCAUCAUUUGGUGGCUAAGAAACAGAAUUGGGAAUGCAAGAUGUCCCUAAUUUAAAAUCCCCCUCUGCUGUGAACUCACAAAGCAGAUUUAGGCAAGCCAGUUCCCUGAGGUGGUGAAUGGUUUAAUAAUGUUGGCCUAUCUUAAAGGACUGUUGAAAGAGUUACAGAGAUAUGAAGGGCUUUGAACAUUCAACAGCAUUUUGUGCAUUUAAUAUCACUGCACUUAUGCUUGGUAACAAUGGAAUCUGCUCCCAAGCAACUGGAGCCGUACCUGCUUUAAGGCUUCGAAAGAAAUGCACAUAGGCAUUUCAAUCAUGAAAUUCUUGCAUAAUGUGGAAUAUGGGUUUUUAGCAUAGAAUCUGGGUGUGUAUGCCUUUCCCAUUAAUUAAUAUGGUUUUAUAUAGCAUUAUUAUUAUUAUUAUUAUUAUUAUUAUUAAAAAGCAUCUGGAGAUGGAGGAUUUGUGAAUGCACAGAUCCUCACCACCGUGCACAACCAUCUUCUGCAGAUUGGUUCCCCAUUGAACCUGAUUCUAGAGAAACAGUAUAUUUGAAUAAUAUGUAUGGGGAGUAGUGCCCUUUUUUCUUUCUUUCUUCAUUUGUAUGCAUCCAUUAAGGAGUUUGAAACACCUUUUAAAAAGGAAGCUAGCUCCUUUGCCUUCGGAGGAGAUUUACUCUGAAAUGUAUAUCAGCAUUUUCAGAACAGCCAAAUGAAUGCAUUAGCGCUUUCUCAACAAGUCAGCUGCAGAAUGGAAAAAAGGAGAGAGGAUGUUUUAAUAUUAAGGCUUAGUUUAAAAAACUGUAAGGGUUUAAUUUUUUUUAAAAAAUACUAAACCCUUUACAUGCUCACUUCAAAAGCGACAUGCUGUACAAUUGGGCAAAUGAGAAGGUUUGAUUAAGAAAGCUUUAUUAUGAAAGGGUUCGAUUAAUAAAACAGCCAAGUCUCUCAGUGCCAGUAUUAUGUGCAUAGCACUGAAUUAUGCAGAAACAUUUGAAAUGCUGUGUACAGGUCUGGCCAGCUACUUUUAAUAAGGUUAUUAUAGAGAAGGACAAGAUGGAGAAAAGGACAAUGAAAAAUUUUCAGGAGAUGGAUGAGAAGAAAGGUCCAGGUGUUGGGGCUUCUUACCUGAGCCCAGAAAGGAGGCACCGUGUUAUGACGUCCAUUAAUUUUAUGUAUUUAAAAUAUUUUUAGCUCACUCUUCAACUGAAAGGUCACUUGCAGAGGAUUACAAAACAGGUUGCGUGUAUUUAUGGAAGGCCCUGUCUCCUCUGGUUUACUAUCUAAAAGCCAGGGUUCAGAAAGCAAAGGGAGGAAUAAGAUGUAUAAUGGAUUUUACAAAUGGUGCGGAGAAUGAGUCAUUCUGUAAGUGGCACAGGGAGCGAGGGACGCUGUUCCUCUGAUAAAACUGGAACUGAGAAUCGCCCAGUGAUUUCCGUCAAGAGAAGUGAAACAGUAUUUCUUCAUGAACAAUGGAUUGAGCUUGCCUUGCUGCAUCACAGGCCAUGGGGCAGUGGGUUCUGGCUCUGAAAAGCUUUCAGCGAGGGUUAGAUGACUUCAGGCAAUGGCCAUUGGUGGCUAUUGCUUGCAAGGCAUAAAUUAAGCUUCCAAAGUCUGGUGUAGUCUACCACUAGUGAGAAUAGGGAGCUAGUUGGGGGGUGGGUUGCCCAAUUUUGGGCUACCAAGAACCACCUAUUGGACAUUGGUGCCAAGACAGAUGCUCAGGCAUGAUCUAGUAAAAUCACUAUAUGGUUUGAAUAAGCCAAAAUCUUUGUUGCAAUAUAGGGCUGCAUUCCCACUUACAGAUAAAUCGCUUUGCAAUCCGAAUCAGUGGAUCAGUUUGGCAGUGGAGCGUGGUUCACACUACAUUUGCCUCAAUCGCAUUUUCUUGCUGCAGAAUAAAACACAAUAACCCACUUUUGGUUUACAUUCAUGAAUGAAUUAGUUCAAAAUGGAUCCGCUCCAACCUGCCAAAGGGCAAAUUUAAAUAGAUUCUGAUCCACAUCUGGUUCACACUUACACGGGAUUGAUGUAUCCAAAAAGACGUGGAAAAAAACAGCAUCAAAAUGGGUUUAGCACAUGGCUCCCCUCUCUAAAUCGCUUCAGCGAUUCGGUUCAAGUGUGAACCAGGGUCAUUAAAACCACUUCAAACCAAUUUGCGAACUGGUUUAAAACGUAGUGGGAAUGAGGCCCUGAUAAAUGCUGGGGUUUUUUGGACUGCAACACCCAGAAUCUCCCCAGUCAGCUUACGGGAAUCAGAGUCCAAAAAAGUAACCUUUCCAAGCUCUGCACCGAUUUUUAAAAGAACACCCCCAUAUUUUCUUCCACUUCGAAUUAAACGCAUUCUUGCAUUU